ACACGCAACCAACUCAACCAUAUUGUGAUCUUUCAUGGUGGGAUAAAAUCCUUUUCCGAGGUUUCAUAUUCCAUGACAAAGCUUUAUCUCUCUUUCUCUCUCUAAAAAGCCAAAGACUUAUUUUUUAAAAGAAAAACAAGAAGCAGAAACAUGAAAGAAGACAAGCAAGAACCACUCCACCACCACCAAAGAAAGGCCACUGCUUUUUCCCUCAAGAAGCUCACCAAGCCCACUGCGUACUUUAUCCUCCUCCUCCUAUCCUACACCUUGGGUUACUUAUCCGCUUCAUCCCCUGAGUCAUCACCUCACUCUCCGACUCCAAUAAUUUCCCAAAACACGUUCAGUACUAACAACGCCGCCACCAACACCGCAGGCGACCGCGACCACUACCGUUUCGAGACUUUUUGCGCCGACCCAGUUCCUUCCAAGCUCGUGCGCCAAACGAUUCUUGACCGAGUGUUCAACGGCACGUCCCCGUACGACAAUUUCCCCCCGGCGCACGUUAUCCCCCUCCUCCGUCAGAAGAGAAUCAAAGGGUGGGGCUCGUACGGCGCCGUCUUCAAGAACCUAAUCAGCAAAGUCCAACCCAAGACCAUAAUUGAGGUGGGCACGUUCUUGGGGGCGUCAGCGAUUCACAUGGCCGAGUUGGCGAGUGGACUCGGCCUCAAAACUCAGAUUAUAUGCGUGGACGAUUUUCGGGGGUGGCCCGGGUUUCGUGACCGAUUCAAAGAUAUAAAGAUGGUAAACGGUGACGUAAUGCUUCUGUACCAGUUCAUGCAAAACGUGGUGCACUCAAACGCAACCGAGUCAGUGUUGUUCUUGCCGUAUUCGUCCGGGUCAACUCUGCAGAUGCUGUGCAGUUGGGGCGUGUUUGGAGAUUUAAUUGAAGUGGACGCGGGUCACGACUUUCACUCUGCCUGGAUGGACAUAAACCGAGCUUAUAAGAUAUUAAGACCAGGUGGAGUUAUUUUUGGGCACGACUAUUUCACUGCAGCUGAUAAUAAAGGUGUUAGAAGAGCUGUGAAUUUGUUUGCCCGAGUCAAUAGUCUCCGAGUCCAGGUCGACGGAGAACACUGGGUCAUCAACUCGGCCUAACUCGGGUCGCUAUAGAUUUUUCUUCUUCUUUGUGUUUUUUUUUCCUUCUUCAAAUGUUUAAACAAAGACGCCACUGAACAUAUAUUUUACCAAGUGUCUUUCAUGUAAAAGUGGAUUAAGUUGAAUAGAGAGCAUAAGACAAUCAGAGAUGCACAAAAGUCAUUUGGCGGGGGCCUUUAAUCGGGUGUCCCUACCCAACAAUAAUAUGUGAUACAAAUUGAUUUAAUUUUAUUUAUUACUACAGUUUGUGUGAUAUA